UACAUCCAAUAUGAAAUCUGAACCAAACUGUUUGAAUGCACUUUAUACAAAAACGGAGUCAUCUGCUGAACACAAAUCAUUCACCUUCUCCGUUCUUUUGUAUGAAUUAAACAAAAGAUAUAAUGUCGACUUAAGAGGUGCAUAUACAUGCUCUGUUUCCAGUCUUUGUGCUCAGUUAAGCUUUAUACUGUAUCAACCACACAGAUAUGAAAGUGGUAUCAAUCUUCUCAUCGAAUGCCCAGCAAGAAAAACCAAUAAGCAUAUUUCCCCAAAUAUAGAACUGCUAUAUAAGGUUUAAUUUCUCCCUAAUACCAGAGAUUAGGAAAUAGAAAAAGCAAUUCUAAAUGAAAGUAUCAUGAAAUCAGGUGAUGGAAUUAAAGCUUAAUUAAAGGGUCAAAACCUUCAGAAGCACUUAGAGUAUUAAGAACAAUUUGACCUUGUUCCUAAUACGACGUGUGUUGCUGGGGUUUUGUUGUUUGGUGUGGAUUAAAGGCUAAAUUGGAAAGAAAAUGGUGUGCUUGUAGUUUUUAGGAUGGAUAUAGUGGACAUGAUCUCACAGUAAGUGGCAGCUAUUAACAGGCUUUUUUGCAAAGGUCAAACAGAGUGAUGCCAGUAAUUAGCAAAAUCUGAGAAAUUGAUGUUAUGCCACCUGAGGCGAGCUGAAAGCUCGUUAUCUACCACCUUCCCCGUGUCACCUGAAUGCACCACUUUUCCCUCAGAACUCACUUCCUGUGCCACAGGUGAUACGGAUGAGCAUAAUGAAGUCCGCCUCCUUCAUUCAUCAGUGAUUCUAACAGAUUACGUUGUCAGUGAAAGGCUGUUGAACUACGUUGUUUUUAAAUCAUGAAGGCCACAGACAGUAAUGUGAUUCGGUUUCACCUUCAAGUCCUUUAUGGGAUAACUGCAAAGAGCUUAGAGAAGAAAAAGGACAGACUGUUCAUCGGUGGUGCCAAGAUCUUUGGUGUGCCUCUGGAAAAUUUAGCCAGGCAAUACAUCCCUGAGUUUGGACUUGUACCCUGUUUCUUGGUGGAUGCUUGCUCAUUUCUUCUGGAGCGUGCUGGGACUGUGGGCCUGUUCAGAAAACCAGGCUCUCUUCCUCGCAUUAAGACCCUCAGGGCCAAGCUGAACAGAGGGGAGGGGUGUCUGUCCAUAGCCCUCCCCUACGAUGUGGCCACUCUCAUCAAACAGUUUUGCAGGGAGCUGCCGGAGCCGUUGUUUCCCUCUGAGCUCCAUGCAGCUCUGCUCAAGGCCCAGGCACUGUCCAACCUGCAGGACAGGACAUCAGCCCUGCAGCUGCUGUCCUGUCUGUUACCUGCCAGAAACUCCUCCUGUCUGCACUACCUGUUCAACUUCCUCUCCAAAAUUUCCAAGAGGUGUUCAGAAAACCUGAUGACCAGCUCCAACCUUGCUACGGUCUUCGCUCCGUGUCUUUUACCUCCUCCUAACAAGACUGAGAUGUCUGAGGGCAGACUUGAACUCCGAGUUCUUGUCCUGCGCACCUUCAUUGAAAAUCCUAAUUUAUUCGGCGUGAUUCCCAAGGCUGUAAUGGACAGUAUGGAGUUUCUGAUGAACUUCAAUUUUCAGAAGAAGGGACACAGAAAAAGACACAGUUUCAAAGUGAUUCGGCCUGUGAAGACGGUGCCCUGGAUUCAGGGGAGGUCAAAGGUCACACCUGGUGUCUCUGAGCAGAGCCAGGAGUCCACAUCAGGACGCAGACCAACCCUCAGGAGAAGCCUCGGUUUGGAAACUUUCCCCAGUGUCCUGAUGUUUAGGACGUGUGCGCCUUGUGCAGAACAAGACUUCAAACCUGAAACAGAUUCCUUGGAUGGCUCCAGUCCCCUUGGCAAAGAGGCAUGCAAGACACCACAAGAAAGACAAAGAAGAGAUCUGCAUUUGGGAUUUUUCCCCAGACUGACCAGGAGGCAAGAUGCAGACAGCUCGCCUGUGCUCACUGGUUUGGGGAAACUGCAGUUCACGCCCUGGAGAAGACGAUCUUUACUCUGACAUAUAAAGUAUUAAGAAGUAGCCAUGUCAGCGGCUUCACAUUCAUUCAGUAUUUUAGGUUAUGAUCUCUAAUAGACAAGUUUUAUAUUCAGACGGUGGCUUAGAGUGUUUCAUCGUCUUCCAUCAGAUCACCGAAGUUGUAUUUUAGCAUUCUACAUUUUUCUAUAUUUGACUAUUUAUUUCACAACAUGCCAUUGUUUGGGUAAAGAUGCGCCAUAGUUUUAUAUCAAGUGAAUAAAUACUUCAACUUUU